AUGCCCGUUCCAGCCAAUAUCUACGAGAAUGACAUCGACUUUACCACCCUGGCACUACAGUAUCCCCAAUUUGCCAAAAGGUUAAAACCGAAUGGCCAACUCGACUUCUCUGACCCGGAGAGCGUCAGACUCAACUACGUCCUCUUCAUCCAGCGGCUCCUGGACGACACCUCCCCCGACUGGAACCAAAGCUACGACCCUGACCGUCAAGUGAUCGGCCUCGAUAUCGGCACAGGCUCAUCGGCGAUCUACCCCCUCCUGGCGUGCCAACAACGGCCGCAAUGGCGUUUCCUUGCGACCGAGAUAGAUGAAAAGAACAGCACGUAUGCAAUCAAAAACAUUGCCACGAACAAUCUGCGAUCGCGGAUAAGGGUGGUUGACACAGAUGUGACGGGCGAAACCCUGAUUCCAAUACGAGAGAUUGAAAGCAUCGGCAUUGAGAGGAUCGAUAUUAUCAUGACCAACCCGCCAUUCUACCCCUCCGCCUCGUCCCUGCUGGAAUCGGCGCGUCAGAAAUCGCGCCCGCCCAACUCGUCCUGCACCGGCGCGCCCGUCGAGAUGAUCACCCCAGGUGGAGAAGUCUCGUUCGUGUCCCGGCUGAUUAACGAGUCUUUGGAUCCGAAGACCAACCGACGAGUGCAGUGGUUCAGCUCCAUGCUCGGAAAACUAUCCAGUGUCGGCGCCAUCGUGGACAAACUCAAAGCCCACGGAUGCACGAAUUUCGCGGUGGCCGAGUUCAUCCAAGGCCAGAAGGCUAAGACGCGAAGGUGGUGCGUCGCGUGGAGUUGGAUGGGGUAUAGACCCGGCGUGCUCGUGGCAAGGGGCGUAUCCAGUGCCAGUGGCGUCGAGAAAAGACUGCUCCCUGCGCCAUCGGAGUUUGAUUUUGAGGUCGAGGUCGAAGUCAACCCGGAAGAUGAUACACAGGCUGGCAGUGCCGAGGCCGAAGUCGAAGUCGAAGUCGGGAAGAAGUUGAACCAGGAGAUGGCGCGAUUAGAUGUCCUCUGGAGAUACAUCCCGCAGCAACGCGUGGGCAUGGUCAUUAGCCCGCAUGGCGACGUGUGGAGUCGUAAGGCUAGACGGAAGAAGCUGUAUCAGAGCGAGCAGCAGCAGCAAAAGACUCAGACACAGGGCAAGAGACAAGAGCAACACGGCCAAGGCCAACGUGGGAGAACAAACCGGCCCAUGGUGAAAGGAGAUGACGACCAAGAUGAAGAAAUGCACGACAGCGACCCGCCUGCUUGCAUGCGUGCAAAUGACGCCAGUUCCUCGGAGGAAGACAAUGAAGACCAAGACCAGGACUAUGAGCCAGCCCUUGUUGCUCGCAUCAGCCUGAUACCGAUAUCGAUGGCGUCCUCGUCCGAUCCCCAGUCUCCCAUUCAGUCUCGGUCGCAAUCCUCAAACCCAAGUACCGCUGCGGAAUCGACGACGAAAUUGAAAUUGAGAUCGAAAGCCAAAGUUCACAUCCGCCAUCUCCGAGGCCAGGAUCCCGUCUUGUUCGAGAGUUUCUGCGGAUGGCUCAAGAGGAGGAUGUCGGCGACGACCGCGACGGGGACCGCGGUGAAAUGA